AGCUAUUGUUGAUGAAAUACAGUCCACUUAACCUUUAAGGGACAUUUUUGUAAUUGAAAAAAACGUGUACAUUGAGUAUUAAAACAAGUGUCUUCUCAGUUAUAUACACGUUUUUAGUUGAUAGCACAGUCAACUCAACGGUAAGAAAAGGUGGCCUAAGGUUAAAUCAUCGCUUGACGAUUGGCGCUACAUUUGUAGAAAUCACUAAAACCAAGAAAUGAAGCCUUAUAUACAAAUUAUAUAUUGCCUGCUGGUCUAUGCUUCCUUAACCAAUUGUUUGAAGCAUAUACAGGACAGCGAACCUUUAUAUGAAGCAUUAAACGAUGAACCUGAGAACAUAGACACAUUCAGUCGGGAAGAGCGUUCUAAAUCAUUUCCUAGAGUUGGAAGAUCAUAUGUGAGCAAUGCAAACAGACUAAGACGAAUUCUUAUGAAUAAUCCAACACUGUUGAUUGGUGAACCAAAACGUUCUGUUCGCCUUAUGCGUUACUGAAAAUGAACUGCUUUAAAGUGUGCAUAUGAUACUGGUGAAUGAUUCAUAUAUUCUACAUAAGAUGCAAAGAAUAUAAUAAAAAUGAACAAACAAUCUCGGCUUCUGAUUCAAUAUAUUGUACACUGAGUGGAAUCAACGAUAGGAUUUCAGUCGGUAAUUCUUCCAGUAUAUAACAGAUGUGAAUAUGGUGUCGAACUCCGUUUACAACUGGAAAUGGAGAGAAUUAUCCUUCCUUCAUUGUCAUAAGAAAAA